CGUAAUUUUGUUUUCAAAAUCAUCAAACUCUCAAUCUUUUUUCAACAAAUCAGACGGUGGAAAUGGAAUCCGAGCAAUGCGAACACCACUGCGAUUCAAACUCAGAUCAAACCGUAAAGAGCGAAACUCCUGAUUCAGAGCUAGUUGAAGAGAGUAGCAAUUUCAUGGAUGAGGAUGGUUUAUCGAACACAAACCGAGAAAUUUUUCCAGCUCAAGGGCCAACCCUUCCAAUAUUGCAGAAGAUUAUAUGUUUGAGCAAUAAGAUUCAGGUAAUGAAUAUGAGCUUUUAAAAAAGAAAUACAUAGAUCAGUCCUCUGAAUGAAAGUGGCUUUACAAUGAAG